UUUGGGUUAUUGAUGAACAUUUGGCGUGGGAUAAUCUAAUUUAUUUAGCAGUUGGUCACGUAGAAUAUUUGAGCCAGCUAAUUCGGAUAGAAGGUCCUCCAUUACCCCCUGAGAUUGAGGAAGCAAAAAAUAAGAAAGCAAUUGAGCGAUCUCUAAGACCAUUUAUUUCUGGAAAACUCGUAAGAUAUAUAGAUCAAGAUAAGAAAAAAGGUCAUGAAUUUAACUUAUCUGUUGAUUAUAUCCUUACGAUUGAUCGAAUUGAUAAUAAACUAGGACAUAUAAAAGAUAAU